AUGGUUAAAGAAAUUUCUCAACAAGCCACACAUCCAACAGUAGAUUAUCUAUUGUUUUAUGUCAAUGGAAAAAAAAUAAUUGAACAUCAUGUUGAACCUGAUUGGACUCUUCUUUGGUAUCUUAGAAAUAAACUUAAUUUAACUGGAUCAAAAUUAGGUUGUGGUGAAGGUGGAUGUGGUGCAUGUACAGUACUUAUAUCCCAAUGUCUUAAUCGACAUUCUGAUGAACUUGAACAUCGAACAGUUAAUGCUUGUCUUGCACCAAUUUGCUCUAUUGAUGGAUGUCAUAUAAUAACAAUUGAAGGAUUAGGUUCAGUUGCUAAAUCAAAUAUUCAUCCAACUCAAUCACGUCUUGCUGACAUGUUUGGAUCUCAGUGUGGUUUUUGUACACCUGGUAUUGUUAUGUCAUUAUAUGGAACUGUAACAUCAACAAAUGAUUCGAAUUCAUCAUCAUUAACAAUGCAAGAUAUUGAAGAUGCAUUUGAUGGAAAUCUUUGUCGUUGUACUGGUUAUCGACCUAUUCUUGAUGCUGCAAAAACAUUUGCAAAAGAUAUUCAUAAAUUACCAUCAAAAGAUUCAUCAAUAUCAAAACCAAUAUCAACAACAUUAGAUAAAUGUCUUACAUUUGUUAAAAAUACUGAUAAAGAAAUUAAAAAAGUAGAAUUUCCUCAAGAAUUACGUCAACAUGUUCCUCAAUCAAUUUAUAUUAAAGGUUCAUUAGUUGAAUGGUAUCGUCCUAUAACUCUUAAUGAAUUACUUCAUCUUCGUGCUACUUAUCCUGGUAGUGCAUCAAAACUUGUUUUUGGUAAUACAGAAGUACAAAUUGAAACAAAAUUUAAACGUUUAAAAUAUCCACGUUUUAUAUCUGUAACACAUAUUGAAGAACUUCAACAACUUAAACGUACACAAACAGCAUUAAUUCUUGGUGCUGGUGUUACAUUAACAUGUUUACAAGCUAAACUUAAAGAAUGGAACGAUCAUAAUGUUGAUGGUGGAAUUUGUCAAGCUAUUAUUGAUCAAUUAAAAUAUUUUGCAUCAACACAAAUUCGAAAUGUUGCUUCACUUGGUGGAAAUAUUGUUAAUGCUUCACCUAUUUCGGAUGUUAAUCCAGUACUUCAAGCUGCUAAUGCUGUUUUAGAAUUACAUCGUGCAGAAACAAAUUCAAUUCGAUUUGUACCAUUAAGAGAUUUUUUUCUCGCUUAUCGUCGUGUAGCAAUGACAGAUGAUGAAGUACUUGUUAGUGUUCAUAUUCCAUUACCAACAUCAACAACAAAUAAAACAUUUCUUCGUUCAUAUAAACAAGCACGUCGUCGUGAUGAUGAUAUUGGUAUUGUUAGUGCUGGUCUUCAUGUUGAACUUGAACCUAUGAAUACAACAGAUAAACAACAAUGGCGUAUAGUUUCUGCACGUUUUUCUUUUGGUGGAAUGGGACCAACAACAAUUCUAGCAAAAAAUACUCAAGAAGAAUUAAUCGGACAAACAUGGUCAAGAACAAUUAUUAAUAAAGCAUGUGAACUAGCAUUAAAAGAAAUGCCAUUAGAUGAACUUACUCCUGGUGGUCAACCAGAAUAUAGACGAACAUUGGUUCAAUCAUUUCUGUUUAAAUUUUAUGUUUAUGUUUGUUCUGAAUUACAACAAUCAUCUCUUGAUCCGAAAGAACUUUCAGCUGCUCAUGCCUAUCAUCGAGCUGUAUCUCAUGGUCAACAAAUAAUUCCUGAACGACCAGUUUCACAAAAAUUCGUUGGUACAUCAUUACCUCAUCGUUCAGCUUAUUUACAAACAACAGGUGAAGCAAAAUAUACGGAUGAUAUGCCUUCAUUACCUAAUACACUUUAUGCUGCAUUUGUUCUUGCAACACAACCUAAUGCUCGAAUUAAGAGUGUUGAUCUUGGUGCUGCUUCUAAAGUACCGGGUUUCGUUACAUUUGUUAAUCAUACUGAUAUUAAAGGUGAUAAUAUGACAGGUGAUAUUGUACAUGAUGAAGAAGUAUUUGUCUCAGCAAUAACACCAUGUGUGGGUUCUAUUAUUGGUAUUGUUUUAUGUGAAACUGAACGUGCAUCACAUGCAGCUGGACAUCUUGUACAAAUUGAAUAUGAACUAUUGACACCAACAAUUUUUACAAUUGAUGAUGCGAUUGAACAUCAUUCUUAUUUAGAUGAUGAACGAUGUCUUCGACAAGGUGAUAUUGAAAAAGCAUUUUCUGAAGCUGAACAUAUUCUUGAAGGAACAAUAUUAAUGGGUGGUCAAGAACAUUUCUAUUUAGAAACAAAUUGCUGUAUGGCUAUACCAUCUAAUGAUGAUCAAGAACUUACAUUAUAUUCAUCAACACAAAAUCCAAGUAAAACUCAAGAAUUAACUGCAUUAGCACUUGGUUAUGAUGUUAGUCAUAUAACAUGUCAUGUUAAACGUAUGGGUGGAGGAUUUGGUGGUAAAGAAUCAAGAUCAAUCACUCCAACCAUUGCUGUAGCAGCAGCUGCUGUAAAAGUUGGUCGUCCUGUUCGUAUGAAUAUUGAACGUGAUGUUGAUAUGUCUGUUACUGGACAACGUCAUCCAUUUAAAAUUAAAUAUAAAGUUGGUUUUACAAAUGAAGGUCAAUUUACAGCACUUGACGUUUAUUUAUGGAGUAAUGCUGGGUGUUCAUAUGAUCUUUCAAUGCCAGUUUUAGAACGAGCACUUCUUCAUAUUGAUAAUACAUAUCGAUUUUCAAAUAUUCGAGUACGAGGACGUCUAUGUAAAACACAUUUACCAUCAAACACAGGUUUGUUUAUUGAAAGAUUCUAUUGA